AUGAUGGUGGUUGCUACUGAAGCUACAUCCAAUGGGCUUCAACAACAACAACAUCAUCAGCAACAACAACAGCAGCAAGCACUCGCUCAACAACAGCAACAACACCAGCAACAGCAUCAACAACAACAGCAACACACACGUCAAAUUAUUACCUCUACCUUAGCACAACACCAACAACAAUUGCAAAACAACAACACAACCAUAAUAGCGACACAUGCAGCCAAUGGUGGCUCUUCGGCUGCCAACGCUGCUGCGACAGCAACAAUAGCUGCAGCACCGUCCAAUCUUGAAGCGUUUUCCAAUAUUGCAACAGCAGCUCAAACACUCGAAUUAAGUUCCAUAAAUGCCGCUCAAUUAGUGGGUGGCCAUUUAACAGCCAAUGGUGAUUUUGUAACUAUGGGUGGUGUGGUCGUCGGACGCAUACAUCCAGCACCUGGUGGCGGUGGUGCGUUUUUGCAACAUCAAUUGCGAAUACAAACCCCCCACUUGGGUGUUAUUAAAAUGGAACCAUCACCCCACUCCACAGAAUACAAUAGUAAUAGUAACAACAACAGUAACAACAACAAUGCCAAUAAUACAACGAGACAUGCCAAUACGGCAAAUGAAGGAUGAGUCCCCGACUAUGAGACACUACUGGAAUAUGUGCUCAACGAAGAUGACAAAUGGGUAGAAAUCAACGGCAAUUUUGUUAUGGACUCUUCCAAAUAAAUAUAGCCCAAACAGAGAUACAAUUUACGAUAAAUGUAAAUCCAAUUUAUUGCAAAAAUAUGCAGUAUCGAAAGGUCGUGUAUUAUUAUGUUAUAUUGUUGUCACAAAACCAGAAAAAAUAUCAUUAUUGUUGUUAGUUGUUGUUAUUUAAUACCACACAAGAAGAAGCUGAAAAAAAGUAUUUCUUUUCAAAAAAGGGAAACCCGAAAAAAUAAACAUCCAAGAACGAACAUGAAUGUAAAUUAAGAAAAACUAAAGAAGAAACUAGUUAUUGUUAAACAAAACUAAGAAGCCGAAACGAUAAUACUGUACAACAAACAUCCUUGCUCCAAUAGUCUUCAUUUUUGACAGUUUCAGAGUUACCGCUUGCUGCUCCUACUCCUUCAAUUCCUCCUUGCUGUUGACUGGCUAUAAGAAACGGUAGCAACCAAACCAUCUCCUCUAAGCAUCAUAAUUUGUAGUGAAAAUAAACUGAAUGAAAUAAAACUACAAACAACAAGUCUACACAAUGAAUCCUAUCAAAUACAAAUUAGUAGAACACUAUAAGUAAUCAAUAAUUUACAAAACAAAACUAAAGAAAACCACAUCCCUGAACUAAUUGUCUUGUAUAGGUAAUAAAGUUGUUUUAAUUUUUAAAUAUA